GAGAUGGCAGUAGGAUGGGGAUCCUGUACAUCCUGGUGCCGAGCAUCGCCAUCCCCCUGGUCAUCGCCUGCCUCUUCUUCCUCGUGUGCGUGUGCCGCAACAGGCAGAAGGCCUCGGCCUCCGCGCCCCCGCGCCGGCAGCUGGUGGCGUCGCCCAGCCAGGACGUGGAGAUGCCCCUCAUCGGCCAGCACAAGCAGGCCAAGCUCAAGGAGAUCAGCCUGUCCACGGUGAGGUUCAUGGAGGAGCUCGGGGAGGACCGCUUCGGGAAGGUCUACAAAGGCCACCUGUUCGGCCCUGCCCCGGGGGAGCCGACCCAGGCCGUGGCCAUCAAAACGCUGAAGGACAAAGCCGAGGGUCCCCUCCGGGAGGAGUUCCGGCACGAGGCCCUGCUGCGGGCGCGUCUGCAGCACCCCAACAUCGUCUGCCUGCUGGGCGUGGUGACCAAGGACCAGCCCCUCAGCAUGGUCUUCGGCUACUGCUCACACGGAGACCUGCACGAGUUCCUGGUGACCCGCUCGCCGCACUCUGACGUGGGCAGCACGGACGAUGGCCGGACCGUGAGGUCGGCCCUGGAGCCCCCCGACUUCGUGCACGUGGCGGCGCAGAUUGCCUCGGGCAUGGAGUAUCUGUCCAGCCACCAUGUGGUCCACAAGGACCUGGCCACCCGCAACGUGCUCGUGUACGACAAGCUGAGCGUGAAGAUCUCUGACCUGGGGCUGUUCCGCGAAGUGUACUCGGCCGACUACUACAAGCUGACGGGGAGCUCGCUGCUGCCCAUCCGCUGGAUGUCGCCCGAGGCCAUCGCCUACGGCAAGUUCUCCGUGGACUCGGACAUCUGGUCCUACGGCGUGGUCCUCUGGGAGGUGUUCAGCUACGGCCUGCAGCCCUACUGCGGGCACUCCAACCAGGACGUGGUGGAGCUGGUGCGCAGCCGGCAGGUGCUGCCCUGCCCUGAGGACUGCCCGGCCUGGGUGUACGCCCUGAUGCUCGAGUGCUGGCAUGAGGCCCCCGGCCGCCGGCCCCGCUUCAAGGAGAUCCACGGCCGGCUCCGGGCCUGGGGCGCCCCAUCUGCCUACACCAGCUCUGCCCAGACCUCGGGGGCCAGCAACGCCACGCAGACCAGCUCCCUGAGCACCAGCCCUGUCAGCAACGUCAGCAAUGCCCGCUACGGGGGCCCCAAGCCCAAGGCCCAGCCUUUCCCGCAGCCACAGUUCAUCCCUAUGAAGGGCCAGAUCCGACCCCUGGUGCCCCCCCCGCAGCUCUACAUCCCUGUCAACGGUUACCAGCCCGUGCCUGCCUACGGGGCCUACCUGCCCAACUUUUACCCUGUCCAGAUUCCCAUGCAGAUGGCCCCGCAGCAGGUGCCUGCCCAGAUGGCGCCCAAGCCCGGCUCCCACCACAGCGGCAGUGGCUCCACCAGCACGGGGUAUGUCACCACUGCACCCUCCAGCACGUCUGUGGCAGACAGGGCAGCCCUGCUGUCGGAGGGCACCGAGGAUGCGCCGAACGCCCCUGAGGAUGCGGCCCAGAGUCCCGUGCAGGAAGCCGAGGAGGAGGAGGAGGGCUCCGUCCCAGAGACCGAGCUGCUGGGGGACAAUGACACUCUGCAGAUGGAAGAAGCCGAUGCACAGCUGGAAGCCUGAGGGGUUCGGGGCUGAGGGCGCUCGGGGGAGACUUAGAGAUGAGCCCCAGGCACUCGGGGGCUGGCCGGCUGCCUGACCACAUGAAGCCUCGCUCCUCAGCCGUCCUUGCCGUUGGUCUUUAAGCCAGUGGUGCCUGAUGAACGGUGACCCCAACGUCGCCUGCAUUUUCCUGGAGGAGGCUGGGUAGUGAGCAUUGCCUGUGCUUUGAAGGAAAGUGGGCGGUGUCUUCCCACCAUGUUGCAUGUGGAUCCAAUAUUGCAAAACAUUGGGACGGCAGGCCUGCGCCAGGCAGCAGGGUGGGCGUGGCUGCUCGAUUCCAGCGCCUGGCUGCUGGUUGCAGAUCAAGGGGCUGCCAGCAAAGAUUAGCGAGAGCAGGACGCUGCCACCUGCCAGGGCCUGGUGAGAAGGGGGCUUCUGAAAUGGGAGUCCCAUUUUAAAACAAAAUGUGCCUUAAAAGAACCAACAUGAUUUUGUAUUUUGUGAAAUGAUUUUAAUCAUCCUGCAUGUGCGUUUUGCCCACUUUCCUGGCAUCCGAGGGAAAGUGCUCCUGGGCUUGGAAUGUUACAAAGGAAGCGAUAUUGUACAGAGCACAGUAUUGUUUGUUUUCUUGGAAUCAUGUACAGACCUUAAAUGUAAUUUAUGUGGUUUUUAUAUGCGAUUUUCAUUGAAGUAUUUUGAGCUUAAAGUAAUGACUUAGUAAUUUAACUGUUUACCUUACCCACCUGGGAUGCCGCCUGAUUGUACGUUGGUUGCUGUGUACCGAGGUAAGAGAGGUCCGUUCAUUUCAGAGCUCCCGUGAGGAGGUCAGGGGCACACCAUGCGGACACGGGACAGCUACACGUGGGACUCCCACACUGUGUAUCCAGUGAAGCCCAGCCACGCGGGCUCAGCUCUCCACUGGCUGUGAGGAUGUCAGGCGUCGGUGGUGCGGGCGAGGGAGAUGCCCCCCAGUGCCUGUCUGCUGAGCCCUUUGCAGCCUUGGGGGCUGGCCCAGGACCGUGACUUCAUGUGAAUGUGGAUGUUCGUUGUAAAUAAAUGAUGGAAACAAGCUCCAUUGCUUUCUCUGUUAA